AUGGGCUUUUUCAACCUUUCCACAUCAACAGUGACUCCGUCCACUAAAACUGAGAAGAAGAAUAGAUCCUUCUUUACAAGUUUCAUGGACACAAGUCCUCAACUUCAUCACCACGAGCAUCGACGAAAGAGUAAUCCCAAAUCCGUUGCUCAAAAGUGCGUACAUGAAGAAUAUUUGAGCAGUGCUGUAGGAGGAGGCAAGUCCUCAUCCGAACCAAGCGAUACCCUCAAUACUAGUAAUGAAAAAUCAGUCAAUGUUACUCAUCAUGUUCCCUCUUCCACUCAUGACACAACACAUCAAAAGAUUGCAAUGGAAAAGUCAUACAAUAUUUCAUCGCUAGAAUCUUAUACUUUUGGUUCCAAGAAAAAGAAAAAGACCUUUUCCAUGUCUUAUAUGAAAUGUUGUCCUUUUGAUGAUGUGAGUGCUUUAAUUGAUGUUGAUAAAUUUGAGAAGAAGAGUGGACCAUCUUCAUCGAGCGUAAAGAAUGCAGGACCUCCAACUACAACUCGAACGGUUUCGUCAGCUCUUGCUGCCAAUGCAAUGGGUGGACAACCUGCAACGGUUCACAUGGAACAACCAACGCAGCAGUCCGAAGUGCCAUCACAUGAUAAGGUUUUGUUUUCUUCCUCAAUUUUGCUCUCGAACCCGAAUGAGGAAAACCCUCAGCAACAAGAAUCAUCUGGUGCUGCCAAUCAAAAGCUCGAUGCAAAGGGAAAUAAGAUGGAAACAGACUAA